AUGAAUAGCUAACAUAAUCAAUAAAUUAAUUAACACGUCGAAGAAUAAAAUUAAAAUAAUACUACUUAAGAUAGUCAAGAAGAAGAUGAUGAAGAGGCUGCUAACAAGGUUAUAAACAAUUGUUAAAAUUGUAGCAAAUCAGUUAAAGAAUUUAAAUAUAAAAUUGUUGAUAUGUAAAAUGAGUUAAGAUUAAAAGAAUAAUAAAUAAAAUAAAUUUAGAGAGACAAUUUAAUUAUGGAAAAAAUAAAAAUUGAAAAUGAAGGAAUAUUAGCUGAAAAAGAAGGAGAUUUAGAAAUAUAAAAACUACAAUAAGAAAUAUAUGCAUUAAAGGAAAAGUAAAGAUAAAUAAAAAAAGAAGAAAGAUAAUUAGAAAAAGACAUGACUAAAUAAUGCGAUUAUUUAGUCAGAAUUGAAUAAAAGCAUAAAGAAGUUUGUGAUAAAGUAGGAGUUUCUUUUAGUCUAAAUUAAACUAGAGCAGAUGAUCUUUAAGAUAUAAUUAGAAUGAAUCAUAAAUAAAAGGCUUAUAAAAAUGAAUAAAUUGAAAAAUCCAAAAUUGAAAAAAACGGUAAAAUUGAAGUAAAUGAAUCCACUUUUAAAUAAUUAUAAGAAAUAAUAAUAAAAAAACGUGAACAAAAAUUUGAACUUGAAAAAUAAGCUAAAAAAGAAAUUGAAGAUCUUUAAAAAUAAUAAAAACAAAUAUAUGAAACAAACUAAAAACUAUAAAAGGAUAUUAAAGAAAAAGAAAAAGUUUUAAAUAUGUAUGUAAUAGAAAUAAAUAAAGUAAAAAGACACACAAAGCAUAAUGCUCUAUAACCAAUAGGAAAUGAAUACGAAUACUGUAAACGUGCAAUAGCUUCUAAUAAAGAAAUAAGAAGAGAGCAAAAAGGAUUACAUAUAGGAACUGAGACAGCCCGAUCUUGGGAUAAUAGUAUUGAAUUAAGAAACGAUUAUUAAAUUUAUAAAAUAAGCUUUUGGUGGUCUGAUUUUUUAAUUGUAGGUAUGAAUGUUUAAUAUAAAUUAAAAAAUGGCGAAAAAUAAAUUGUUGAUUGCUUUAUGCCUUCUUCUUUAGAAAAUUUAUAAACUGCAGAUUUAAAAUUAAAAGGCAAUGAAUAUAUUGCCAGUAUUUCAGGACAUUGUAAUUUAGUUAGUAUUGAGUAUUUGAGAAUUGUAUCUUCUAGAGGCAAUUAUAUAAUGGUAGGAUGA